GCUUACUAAUAUGAUAUGGGGUGAUGACGGUGAGACAGGCGACCAUAUUGUGCCUUUGAGAGUAAGAAGUGAACAACUUAACAGGAAGGAACUUAGCAACGAAUCUAAUAAGGCAGUUAAGCCAUCUGAGCAGACUAAGAUUCAACACAAUGUUGAUGAGAGGAUAUCUAAGCAGGAUUUCUGUAUGAGCUCAUGGCUUGGCUCAUCGCUAUCCAAUGCCAGAGAAGCUGAUCCAGGUUCAAGUGUCACUGAACUUUCCAAAUGCUUAGCUAAGCCAGCGAGAUAUAGUUCAAAGACAGGUGAGAAAACGUCUGAACUUUGGAAAGGCCCUGAUAUUUUUCAUAGCACUGAUGAGAGUAAAGAGCAGGGUGAUUUUGAUGAGUAUGGAUGGGCUAACAUUGGUAGCUUUGAUGAUCUUGAUCGAAUGUUCAGCAAUGAUGUCCCUAUAUUUGGCGAUGGAAGAAGUCUCAGCGGUGGGGAUGAGUUAUGGUCUUCUUCUAAAGAUGUAUCCAAUAGUCCAUCAAAACCAUCAGUUUUGGACUCGGAAGAUCUGGGAUUGGAUUUUAGAACUGUGUCUGAGCAGCAAGAGAACCAGCAAUUUCCAUUGACUGGAAAAGCCAAUGAUCUGUCAUCUCAAAGUGUGCCUAGUGUAGGUGUAACCCCAAAAUUUGAGCAGUAUCAUGAGCAUAAGUGCCAACCCUCAGUUGAGGACCAGACAUAUCAACAAACUAAAAUAAUGAAGUUUUCGGAAACAUCUGGCACUUCUGAGGCUGGAGCAUUUCAUGAUUCAUACGGUCCAAGGACACUGUCCAAGACUUCACCUGGAAAAUUUGUAAAUCAGUUGGCUAUUAAUCUGCAGAGUGAGUCUCAAGGGUCUGGGACACCACACUAUCCACAUAUGCCAAACCAAUACAUGGCUACUUCUGGUUUUGGUAAUCAUACCAAUCCAUAUUCUACUGUGCCUGUAAUUUCAGCCGUCCAAAUUUCUGAUGUUAAAAAUCAGAUGAUGCAUCCUUCCUACAAUCCUGCUUCUGCCAUCUCCCUAAACAUGGUAACAGAUGCCUCUGCACGACCUUCAACAAUGACGCCACAGGAAAAACUAGAGAAACUUAGACGCAGACAGCAGAUGCAGGCAAUGCUUGCCAUUCAGAGACAACAACUUCGCCAUCAGGUUCAGGUUCCUCUAGCAGAUCAAUACAUUACUCAGAACUGUUGUCAAGAUAAUCCACUACAGCUUGUCGACAAAGCUAAUCUUCAAGGGCUAACUGCAAUGCCUUCCUUUGAUACUAGUUCAUCUUUGGAACCAGGUGAUUCUGACAACUUUGCUGCUGCUGCUGCUGUUGAUAAUCCAUCAGAAUUCUCUGUUCUUUUUCGACUUCAAGAUGUUGUAGCAAAGUUGGAUAUGGGAACAAGGACUUGCAUACGGGAUAGCUUAUUCCGGUUGGCUGAGAGCGCAGGUCAGAGACAUCACGCUAGUGAUAAGACUAGCCAGGAUGACCAGGAGGUUACUCCUAAAGAAAAAUCUAGAUAUAGAUAUGGUGGGAUGCUAGAUACAGAAACAGUGACCAAUCCCACAGACAGAACUGUGGCUCAUUUGCUCUUUCAUAGGUCUUUUGAUAAGUCGGCGUCAAAGCAUAUGGAAGGACCAGAAUCACCAGCUUUUUCAAAGAUGGGAACUGAAGAAAAAGGGAAGUUUCCUAAAUGCAGCACACGAGAGAGUGACAUAAAUAAGCCGAAAGCGAAAGAGGAGGACAUGCAUGCAGGUUCACUUGCUUUAGGGAAUGCACCCAACUCUGGAUCCAGUAGUACUGUUGCUUUCUAUUUAAAACCACUUUAAAUAUAUAAUAAUGAAACAAAGAUACCAACAGGUCCACUGUAGCACAUAGGUUAUUUGGGACAUUUUUUAGUAUUUUUUUUGUUUUGGUUAAAAAUGUAAUUUUUAUGUUUUUGUUGUCAUAUUUAUGAAUAAACUAUUGGUUUAGUCAAAUAAAUUAGAUAUUGG